ACUUCCCAUCAUGAAGUCUCAGAGGUCAGGCAGAAUUGUCAAUAUUAGCUCCAUCGGAGGUUUCGCAGGUUUCCCAUUCUAUGAGCUGUAUGGAUCUUCUAAAUUUGCUCUCGAAGGAUUCUCAGAAAGCUUGGCUAUGAUCUGUAGACGAUUCAAUAUAUGGGUGACGGCUGUCCAACCGGGUCCGACUGCGACUAAGGUGGAGAACAAUCCGGAUAUAACCGAUGAUCUGUUGGCACAGAUGGAUGAUGAGAGAGUUGAUCCUGAAACAAGGAAAUACUUCUGCGAUCGCGUUAAGAUGAGGAGAGAUGUUCUCAAAAACAUCUCCCAACCAGUGGAAGAGGUUGUUGACGUCAUUGAAAGAAUCAUCGACGAUGAGAAACCCUUGCUACGAUAUCAGACGAACGAAGCUUCGAGAGAGAUGGCUCGAGUUCGAUCUCAAGAUCCGACUGGAGAUGCUUGGAUUGAGAACAAGCUAAUGACUGGGUUUUUCCAUGAUGUAAACGACUAGCACAACAACAACAGGCAUUCAACGACUAUGCAGACCACAAAAAAUAGUCAAUAUGACAGCGAAUUUGUUUUAAAUUUGUAUAUGGGGUCUUUUGUACGGUACGCGUCAGUUUUACGGAAAAAUAUUGUUUGUUGUUUAGUUUCAUUGGUUAUACAGGGCUCCUGUAUAAUAAAAUUAUUUUAUAAUGAUAUUUAUCGAAACUAGAUAUCACUGUCGAUUCUAAUGAUAGAGGAGUUUGUAAGUUUGCGAAUGAUUAAUACUACUUCUAGGUUUUCCCGGCCAAUUUCGUCAAAGCAGCAAUCAAUUUCAUUAACGUGCAUUCAUGUUUGAGCAAAUUUUCUCCACUCGCUCCCCUGUUUCAUUUUUAAACUUGUUGCGUUCAAUUUCGUUCCGAGUCACCGAAUUUUCUAAACAUGCUCAUUCAAAUUAAAGCUUGAUUCAGUCAAUUUGGUAUUGCGUAAGGGUUAUUCAAUUUCGCCAAUGUUGAGUGGGAGGAGAAUUCUUUGGCGAAUUGCGGUUUCAUUUUUCGUCUAUGGCCAACCUUUUUCGCAAUCGGGCUAUUCAAGUUAAAACUAGACCUCAUAAUCAUAGUAUGAUGCUCGAUGUUUAUUCGGAUAUUCAGUAUUUCAUGUUAAUUUGUUUAUUCUUUUUCUCUAUGAUCUUUUCUGUCUUCUGAUUUCACGUUAUAUAAUCCUCUUAUUUGUCUGAUGUAUUCAUAUUGCAUUUUAUGUUUUCUC